AUGAAUAAAAGGUUUAAGGUAUCUAUCUACUGCAUUGUCUUUAUCUCUACAUAUCUAUAUUCUGUCCAUUAUCUAUCUAUCUAUCUAUCUAUCUACUCCAUUGACUUUAUAUAUCUAUGUCCUCUUCAUUAUGUAUUUAUACAAUUCUUUUCGAUAUCUAUCUAUCGAUCUAUGUAUCUAUCUACUUCAUUGUCUUUAUCUCUAUAUGUCUAUAUGCUGCUCAUUAUCUAUCUUCGCAUUCCUUUUCGAUAUCUAUCUAUGCAUUUAUUUUCGUUAUCUAUCUAUCUAUCUAUCUAUCUAUGCAUUUAUUUUCGUUAUCUAUGCAUCUAUUUAUCUAUGUAUCUAUCUAUCUAUGCAUUUAUUUUCGUUAUCUAUCUAUCUAUCUAUGCAUUUAUUUUCGUUAUCUAUCUAUCUAUCUAUCUAUGCAUUUAUUUCCUUAUCUAUCUAUCUAUCUAUGCAUUUAUUUUCGUUAUCUAUCUAUCUAUCUAUGCAUUUAUUUCCUUAUCUAUCUAUCUAUCUAUCUAUGCAUUUAUUUUCGUUAUCUAUGUAUCUAUCUAUCUAUGCAUUUAUUUUCGUUAUCUAUCUAUUUAUCUAUCUAUCUAUCUAUCUAUGCAUUUAUUUUCGUUAUCUAUCUAUCUAUCUAUCUAUCUAUCUAAAUGUUUGCGUUAUCUAUGCAAUUCUUUUUGUUAUCUAUUUAUCUAUGCCGCUAUGUUCGUUAUCUAUCUAUAUCUUUCCGCUUAUUCUUUUAUUCCUAACUUUCUGCUUGUUUCUUUUUUACCUGUUUUAUUGAUUGAUUCAUUCAUUACUUUUCUUUCUUUCUUUCUUUCCGUUCUUUCCUUCUUUCUUUCCGUUCUUCUUUCUUUCUUUCCGUUCUUUCAUUCUUUCUUUCCGUUCUUUCUUUCUUUCUUUCCGUUCUUCUUUCUUUCUUUCUUUCCGUUCUUCUUUCUUUCUUUCUUUCCGUUCUUCUUUCUUUCUUUCUUUCCGUUCUUCUUUCUUUCCGUUCUUUCAUUCUUUCUUUCCGUUCUUCUUUCUUUCUUUCCGUUCUUUCAUUCUUUCUUUCCGUUCUUUCAUUCUUUCUUUCCGUUCUUUCAUUCUUUCUUUCCGUUCUUCUUUCUUUCUUUCUUUCUUUCUUUCUUUCUUUCCGUUCUUUCUUUCUUUCCGUUCUUUCUUUCUUUCCGUUCUUCUUUCUUUCUUUCUUUCUUUCCGUUCUUCUUUCUUUCUUUCUUUCUUUCUUUCCGUUCUUCUUUCUUUCUUUCCGUUCUUCUUUCUUUCUUUCUUUCCGUUCUUUCUUUCUUUCUUUCCGUUCUUCUUUCUUUCUUUCUUUCUUUCUUUCUUUCCGUUCUUCUUUCUUUCUUUCUUUCUUUCCGUUCUUUCUUUCUUUCUUUCUUUCUUUCUUACCGUUCUUCUUUCUUUCUUACCGUUCUUCUUUCUUUCUACCUUUCUUUCUUUCCUUCUUUCUUUCUUUUUUUUAUAAUUUUUGUUCGUUCGUUUGUUUGUUUUAUUCUUUCUCUCUUAUUUUUUGUUUAUUUGUAUCCUUAUUUCUUUCUCAUUUUAUGUUUGUACACUUCUUCCGUUCAUUUUCAUGUUCGCACGCUAUUUUCUUAUUCUUUCUUUAUUUCUUUCUUUCUUUCUUUCUUGUUUGCCUGUUUCUAUCUUAACUUAAUUCUUCUUUCUUUCUUUCUGUUUGUACACUUCUUGCUUUUUCUUUCUUUCUUCCGUUCUCAUUUUAUGUUUGUACGCUUCUUUCUUUCUUUCUUUUUCGCUUUUCCUUCCUUCCUUUCUUAUUUUAUGUUUUUAUGCUUCUUUUUUCUUUCUUUCUUUCUUUCUUUUUGUACACUUCUUUGUUUUCCUUUUUUCUGUUAUUUCUUUCUUUUUCUUUCUUUCUUAUUUUAUGUUUGUACAUUACUCUCUUUCUUUUUCGUUUUCUUUCUUUUUUUCUUAUUUUAUGAAUAUACGUUUCUUUCUUUUUCAUGUUUGUACGCUUCUUUUUUUCUUUAUUUCUUUCUUAUUUUAUGUUGCUAUGUUUCUUCCUUUUUUUCUUUUAUCUUUGCAUGCUUCUUUCUUUCUUUCUUUCUUUCUUUCUUUCUUGUUUGCCUGUUUCUAUCUUAA